CGUAGUUGCUUCAAUCAUCUUCAAAAAUGUCAGAAACAAGACACUCUCCGUCGCCGCCUCCACCUCCACCUCCUCCACCGUCGCCGGCUGCUCCUCCAUCAACAGAUUAUAAUGAUAAUUACUCGGUGAAAGAUGUCAUCAUGUGGCGGAGGAAGCGUAUGAGUGUUGGAGUACUCACCACCGCCACCGUGUUGUGGGUGGUGAUGGAAGUUUACCGAUUCAAUUUCAUCACCGUCGCUUCAUGGAUCGCCAUCUUCCUUCUUUCCUCUCUUUUCGCUUGGGCUAAUAUCUUCAAACUCAUCUACAAAGAAGAACCAAAUAUGUCAGGGUUAGGGAUAUCAGAAAACACAGCUACCAGAAUAGCAAAUCGGAUAAGGGAAUUCUCCGAGGAGGCAACUCGGUGGAUGUUUAAGGUUGGUGCUGAGAGCGAAUGGUAUGUUUUUGCCGCUACAAUUGCCGGGUUGUGGUUACUUUCCGUCAUCGGCAGCUCCACCGACCUGCUUACGCUUCUCUACAUAGGGACGGUGGUGGGGAUGAUUGUGCCGCCGAUUUGGGUGAAGUACGAUUACAAGAUAAGGGAGUAUGGGAAGAGGUUGCAGAUGCAAAGCAAGAGAUUUUACAGCACGAUAGAUGCGAAGGUUUUGCGGAAACUAAAGAAUGAAGUCGAAAUCAACCCACCGAGGACGGAGGAAAAGGAAAAGAAAGAAGAAUAGCACUCUCGAUUGUAACGACCGCCGGCUCGAGCCACUACUUAAGGUGCCAAGAUAAGUAACGUUAUUGUAAAUAUGUUAUCGUUGCGCGUACAAUAGUUUUACUUCUAUUUUCAUUGGGUUAAAGAUCUUGUGUUUCAUUCGGGGUUAUAAAUAAAUGCUAGAGAAUUUGAAGUGU